GCCAUAUUUGCAUCUACAUGUACUGCUGGCUUUGAACUUUUGAGGUCUUUUUACUGUUACUUUCUUUCUAUAUUUCUCUUCUAAAGUUGCUGCUGUGUUUGUGAUUCUGCAAUGGAGAGUCGUAGUGGGAGUUCUAAUGGAGGAGGAGGGUGGUGGCUUUAUGCCAUACCUCUUCUUGCUAAGGAUGGACGUGGCUACAUGCUAAACAACACGGAUGAUAUGUUUUCUGCAUGGCCACUUUACGUAGCAAUUCUGCUGGUGGCUGUCUGUGCCCUUCUGGUUGCAUGGCUGAGCCCAGGAGGAUGUGCAUGGGCUGCAAGGAAGAAUGGCGGCGCCGCCAUUCCUGGGCCCAGAGGCUUUCCCAUCAUAGGAAGCCUUGUUGAUAUGAGCCGUGGCCUUGCACAUCGCAGGCUUGCUCAGUUGGCUCAUGUUUAUGAUGCAAAGAAGCUCAUGGCCUUUAGUUUAGGUUCGACUCCUGCUGUUAUAACAUCUGAUCCUGAUGUGGCCAGAGAGUUGCUCAGCUCUGUUAAUUUCUCAGAUAGGCCACUCAAACAAUCUGCUCAGCAACUCAUGUUUGGGCGAGCUAUUGGGUUUGCUCCUAAUGGUGAGUAUUGGAGAAUGCUUCGCCGGAUUUCAGCCACCCAUUUGUUUGCUCCCCGUAGAAUCGCUGCCCAUGAGCCUGGUCGACAGGCUGAUUCGUUUGUCAUGCUGAAGAACAUUCAGGAAGAGUAUGUUUCCGGGGGUGUUGUGCGGCUGCGCCGCCAUUUGCAGGCGGCGGCGCUGAACAACAUCAUGGGGAGUGUUUUUGGUAGGAGGUUUGAUAUCUGUGGUGAGAGUGAGGAAGUGAGGAGUCUGAGAGAGAUGGUCGAGGAGGGAUUUGAGCUUCUUGGGGCGUUUAACUGGGCUGAUCACCUUCCAUGGCUUAGGUUUCUGGACCCCCUGAGAAUCCACUCACGUUGUGCCAGCCUUGUGCCACGCGUGAGAGGCUUCGUGAGAAAUAUCAUUGAGGAGCACCGGCUCAAAGAUAAGGAUAACGACGCUACUGCCGACUCUGAUUUUGUCGAUGUUCUGUUGUCUCUUAAUGGCGAAGAUAAGCUGGACGACGAAGACAUGAUCUCUGUUCUCUGGGAGAUGAUAUUUCGAGGGACUGACACGACGGCGCUACUGACAGAGUGGACCAUGGCGGAGAUGGUGAGGAACCCGGAAGCUCAGAGGAAGGUUCAGGAAGAACUGGAGGUCGUGGUGGGAAAGAGCAGAAGCGUGAGGGACUCGGACAUCUGCAAACUUCCUUAUCUGCAGGCGGUGGUGAAGGAGACUCUGAGAAUGCACCCACCUGGUCCACUCCUUUCAUGGGCCCGACUCUCCACUCGGGACACCAAUGUGGGUGAUGGGAAGUUCUGUGUGCCUGCGGGUACCACAGUCAUGGUCAACAUGUGGUCGAUCACACAUGACCCAGACAUUUGGGAUUCCCCGGACCAGUUUCGACCAGAGAGGUUUGUUGAAUCUGAGGGCGGUGAGAAUGUGGACGUCAGAGGAAAUGACUUGAGGCUUGCACCCUUUGGGGCAGGUCGCAGGGUAUGCCCUGGAAAAGCUCUGGGUCUUUCGACUGUUCAUCUUUGGGUGGCAAAACUGCUGCACCAUUUUCACUGGGUUGCCCAUGAACAGUAUCCUGUCGACUUGUCUGAAGUUCUUAAGCUGUCCUGCGAGAUGGUGCACCCAUUUCAUGCUGUUCCUGUCGUCAGGGUCGAUUUCAAUGAAGUUGAUCAGAAAUGAAUGAAUCCCACUGUCUGUCUACUCUUUUUUGGCUUAAAUAUUGCAUCUUGCGGUUUUAUGUAAUGUGUUGUUUAUCGUAGCAUGUAAUGGUCUGGGGACGGUGAAUAUGUGGACUGGACGCUCAUUUUUUUCGUUUUGGAAUCUUUGCGUUAAAAGAUUCAAUUUUGUAAAUUUCCCGAUGUAAAGGCCAGAGCAAUUUUGAAUUCUAAUUAUUAUGUUGUAUGUAGUGGGAUAUCCUCGACAUCCCCAACUUUCCGAUGUAGCGAGUUUAUAUCUUAUUAAUGAUAUACAAGUGUGUUGUUUA